GUAUAAAAGGGCUUGAGCGUCUCAGAGUUAGACUGCAAGGACUGAACUGCACCAGAUACUCAUCUGUGAUGAAUUCUUUCCAGGAGACUCAGUCUGAUUUGGAAGUGAUUUUAGAGUUUCUGGAGGAGUACUACAGACAAAACACUGCAGAAAAUGAAAACCGAUCUUACAAUGCAGUUGUGCCUGUACAUGAAGGAGAAGAGAUGGCUGUGGAUCAAACCUGUUUUCAAAGCUGGAUAUACCAUGAUGCAUCUGAAGUCAAGCCUGUAUUUCAGACCCUCCCAGCACAUGAUGCUCAAGCAGUCUUUGGUCAAAACACAACAGUGACAUUGUCUGAGCGUGGGUCACUGCCAAACUUUGCCUCAGUGAGACAAUCAACCAAACACCCAGCCACAGCAGCAGGGAGGGUUUGCUCAACACCUGCAGGCAGAAGGCUGCGGCUCUUUCACUUCCUGUUUGAGAUGCUGCAGGAUCCAAACAUGGCCCACUGUUUGUCUUGGGUGCCAGCAGCAGCCGGCGUUUUCUGCUUCUCUUCCAGGAACAAGGACCAAGUGGCGGCGCUCUGGGGCCAGAGGAAGGGAAACAAGAGGCCCAUGACCUACCAGAAGAUGUCCCGGGCUCUGAGGAACUACGCCCGGUCCGGCCACAUCUUCAAGGUGAAGAAAAAGCUCACCUAUCAGUUCAGCCGGGACACCCUGAUAUCGCUGCAGAAGGGUCACGAAAAAGAGCAGUCGAUUUUUAUGUGACAUAAUGUUCUUUUAAAAGCAUGUGGUGUAAAUACUGAAACAAAGUAAAGAUUUUUCCAGAGUUGUUGAUAUCUUAAAGUUACAGUGUAGGUACUCUUUGCUGUAAUUCCCCUCAUUAAAACAUCAGGGGGAACAUGAGGGGACAAGAUUCUGUGCAUACACUCAUCAUGGGUAUCAAUGUCAUAAAUCAGAGGCCUUUAAAGAUACCUUUGAACAGUUCUUUUUCCAGGGUGAAAUGACUUUUAAAAAAUAAAAC